GGAUAUUGCAUGCAUAUGUUUUACUCUGUUUCAGAGCAUUUCCGGCGAGGGCAAACUAUGUAUAAAUAUCGCCGAUGUGAACCGUAUUAUUCCACUUUGGCGUUUCAGAGUGAAGCUUUGCAGCAGCUUCACUCACUUUCUGUUCUUGUUCCAACCCUAAGCCGGUCGUUCUGCAUUUCCGGUUAAUGUCGCAUUUUGUUUCUGCGAAAUCAAGCUCACAUUGCCCGACAUUGGUAAUACCGCUCCUACUUUCAACCUCUUCUAUGUCGUUCUUAAAUAAUGCUCACCGUUGUGCUUAGAUAUGGUCAAUGUACCUUUCUUAGGGCAUCGAUAUAAUUAAUCUUGUGAAUUUCUACUGAUUUCAGUUCUAAAGGCUUUUCCUUUUCUCGCAUAGAUUCAGUUGUUUUCGUAUACUCUCUUGCUGCAGAUCCAGGAAAGUAUAAUUUGAGAGGUGGACGUUUGCGAUUCAGAUUUCUAAUGAAUUUAAUCAUUCAAUUUUUUACUGCAAUUAUUAUCUCCAUAUGAUUGCAGAAAAGCAUUCAUGGAAAAUCUGUACAGCGGUCACAAUGAACCAAAAACUCCGACAGUCAAGUAUUUCGACGGCAAUGUGAUGCCGAUAGGUAUAGGCCGCUCCCGGUUUGACGUUCCGGUACCAUUGAGUCCAGUUUUCGACCCCUACUUCUCGUCUGAAAGCCCUAACACACCGAAUUCGAUGUCUCCGUUCUACCGCCGGUCCGGCUCGUGUGUGCCGUUUGACCUAAGCGUUGGAAACGACGGCGGUGGCAGAGCAGGCGGAUUUCGUUCGCCGCUGGCUUCGAUUGAGAACCUGGUGACGCAGCCGUCGCGGUCACCGGUGACGAUGUUCAAGACUCCGGUGAAAAUCGAGGAGGACGUGAUUGUCAUGGACGGCAUUCUCGUUAAACCGAAGGGCGGUAGUACCAGAUCCAGGAUGUCGCAGACGCCAUCAGAUUCCGGUGAUAAGAACAGCUUCUAUAAGAGGGACAAGUGUUUGUUCUGGGAGGACUCUGGUUCUUGCCGCUUAGGUCCAAAAUGCCAGUUUGCGCAUGGCCAGGAAGAAUUGCGUCCAGCUCGUCUCACCACUAAAAGUAAUAAAUCUGAGAUCUGCAAGUCAUUCAACCUGGGAGCAUGUUCAUAUGGCAUCAAGUGCAGAUAUUUUCAUCUUCAAGAG